UGAGUAUCGAACCUGUGUCGACACCAACAUAGGCAGGUGUGACUACGACUACCAGACUGAGGAGACUCGGGCGAAUUUAAGGAUGGCAGCGAUGGUGUGCAGCCACGCCGGAAUACAAGCCAUUGACCAGCUCCACUGCCUUUCUGACCCGGAGAAGGCGCCUAAUGUGCUUCACGGCCUCAGCAGAUGCUGCUAUCGAAAUGUGUACCCGCACUAUACCGAGACGAAUGUUAAUGUUUUAUGCGGCAACAUUGUAGGCGCCCAGCAAUGCUUCAGGGAUGCUGUACGAGAAGACUGUGGUCAGCCUGUUGAAGAGUUCUUGUCCAGAAUAGCUUGGGAGUACUGCGGCUACGGGAUACUGCAUUCCGUCGAAUGUGGGUCUGCCACUGUAGUCUAGCAGCAAUA